GGGGCAAGGGUGACGUGCUAGCAAUACAGAAGCUCACGGUCAACUCUCGAAGGCGUACUCCAGCACCAAGACGAGCCCCUACAUCUACUUUAGGCAAUUGCGCGUAUAUAUAUAUAGAUGGCGUGACGCCAUCAUUGACAGGAGAAAUCCAAUGUCGCACUACAACAUCGUAGUCACUCCCCCAUAACAAAGUUUAACAUGGCACCGUUCGUCCCAUCCAAGAUACUUGUCGUUGGCGGUACCGGCACAAUUGGCCAGUACAUCACGGCGUCUUUACUUCGCGCCAAGCCCGAAUUCCAGCAGGUUGUCCUCUUCACCUCCCCCGGCACUGCCCACACAAAGGCCGCUCUGUUGGAUAAGUGGAGGGCCGACGGUCUCUCUGUCAUUGUUGGCGACCUCACUUCUGAAGUCGACGUCACGGCUGCCUAUGAAGGCGUCGACACUGUCAUCUCAGCCGUCGGCCGUGGUGGGCUGCUGGUCCAACUCGAGCUUUUGCGCCUUGCUGAAGCCUCGCCCUCCGUGAAGUGGUUCCUGCCGUCCGAAUAUGGCACAGACAUUGAGCACAACACCGAUAAGAGCCCCCACGAACGCCCCCACCAGCUCAAGCUCAAGGUCCGCAACUACAUCCGCGAACACCUGAAGCGAGUCAAGGUCACGUAUGUCGUGACUGGGCCAUACUUUGACAUGUGGGUCUAUCCCAUGCCAGACGCCGAGAAGGCUGGCGGGUUCGUCGUCGAGGAGAAGGAUGCCUACGUUAUUGGGGAAGGCGAUGGCAAGGUCGGGUUCUGUACCAUGUGGGAUGUUGGAAAGUUUGUCGUGGCCACCUUGCAACACCCAGAGGAGUCGUUUGGCAAGGCGCUCAAGGUGCAGUCGUUCGUAGUAACUCCCAACGAGGUCGUGGCCGAGUACGAGAAGCAGACCGGUUCCAAAUGGAAUGUCAUCGAGACACCUCUUGAAGACAUCAGAGCCCUCGAGGCCAAGCUAUGGGAGGAGGGUAACCCUCGAGCGACGGGAACCACGCUGCGCAGGAUCUGGGCAGAAGGUGGAACCUUGUAUGUCCAGAACGACAACGAGCUUCUUGCGCUGAAGCCAGAGGACCUUGAAUCGCUAGAGGUAGGAGUGAAGAAAGCACUUUCAGGCGGUUACAGGGCAGACGUGUUUUGAUGAUGUAGAG